GCUGUCUGGAAUGAAUAUACCUCCUCCAGUUAUCAGCAACAAAAACUGGCUCAGACUACAUUUUGUAACAGACAGCAAUCAUCGAUACCGUGGAUUUAGUGCUCACUACCAAGGUUCUUCUUUCAUCAAAACUGCCUCCACUGGUGAGUUAGAGGAGCAUAUUGCGGCCACUACUGGUGCCAUUACUGUUGCUAGCACAUCUGCUGAUGUUGCUGUAUCCAGUGCAGUAACCACCCGUAGACAACCUUCUGAAGAACAACAAGUGCAAGCUAUGAAUGUAAGAAAAUCAGUUCUGGAGUCGGCCACUAACAAGGAAGAACUCUGUCUUCAUCAAGCAAGUUUACAAAGCUCAAGAAGACGACCAAGAAAUGCUGAGCAGAUAGAAAGAACUAAAGAACUUGCUGUUGUUACUCAUAGAGUGAAAAAGGCCAUAGAUUUUAAAUCUAGAGGAUUUAAAUUGUUUCCAGGGAAAGACAACAGCAACAAGUUUUCUAUCUUAAAUGAGGGAGGUAUUAAACAGGCGUCCAAUUUGUGUCCAGAUCCUGGAGAACCAGAAAAUGGAAAACGGAUAGGCUCAGAUUUUAGCUUGGGAGCAACAGUACAGUUCUCCUGCGAUGAAGAUUAUGUGCUUCAAGGUUCCAAAAGUAUCACCUGUCAGAGGAUAGCUGAAGUUUUUGCUGCAUGGAGUGAUCAUAGACCUGUGUGUAAAGUCAAAACUUGUGGAUCCAAUCUUCAGGGACCUGGAGGCACUUUCACAUCACCUAAUUUUCCAUUUCAGUAUGACAGCAAUGCUCAGUGUGUAUGGGUCAUCACAGCCAUCAAUACCAAUAAGGUUAUUCAGAUAAAUUUUGAAGAAUUUGAUCUGGAGAUUGGUUAUGACACACUGACAAUUGGAGAUGGAGGAGAAGUGGGUGAUCCUAAAACUGUGCUUCAAGUGUUAACUGGGAGCUUUGUACCAGACUUAAUUGUGAGCAUGAGUAAUCAGAUGUGGUUGCACCUUCAAACGGAUGAAAGUGUGGGAUCAAUUGGUUUCAAGGUUAACUACAAAGAAAUUGAAAAGGAAAGCUGUGGGGAUCCUGGAACACCACUGUAUGGUAUCAGAGAAGGGGAUGGAUUUUCUAAUCGUGAUGUUUUAAGGUUUGAGUGUCAGUUUGGAUUUGAAUUAAUUGGAGAGAAAUCUAUCAUUUGCCAAGAAAACAACCAGUGGUCUGCAAACAUACCAAUCUGUAUUUUUCCUUGCCUUUCCAACUUUACUGCACCAAUGGGAACAGUUCUUUCACCUGAUUAUCCAGAGGGAUAUGGAAAUAAUUUAAACUGUAUCUGGACAAUAAUUUCAGACCCUGGAAGCCGAAUUCAUCUCUCCUUUAAUGACUUUGACUUGGAAUCUCAGUUUGACUUCCUUGCAGUUAAAGAUGGUGAUUCCCCAGAUUCCCCCAUAAUAGGAACAUUUACUGGUGCUGAAGUUCCUUCCCAUCUUACCAGUAAUGGCCAUAUUUUGCGUCUGGAAUUUCAAGCUGACCAUUCAAUGUCAGGACGUGGAUUUAACAUCACUUAUAACACAUUUGGACAUAAUGAGUGUCCAGAUCCCGGAGUGCCAAUCAAUGCUCGGCGUUUUGGAGACAAUUUUCAACUGGGAAGCUCAAUUUCUGUUAUAUGUGAAGAAGGAUUUAUUAAAACACAAGGAACUGAAACAAUUACUUGUAUGCUAAUGGAUGGAAAAGUAAUGUGGAGUGGACCUAUUCCUAAGUGUGGAGCUCCAUGUGGUGGGCAUUUUUCAUCUCCCAGUGGAGUAAUUCUCUCUCCAGGCUGGCCAGGGUAUUAUAAAGAUUCCUUGAAUUGUGAGUGGGUGAUAGAAGCUGAACCAGGACAUUCUAUCAAAAUUACAUUUGAAAGAUUUCAGACUGAACUCAAUUAUGAUGUUUUGGAAGUUCAUGAUGGACCAAACUUAUUAUCUCCACUUCUGGGAUCUUACAAUGGUACACAGGUCCCCCAAUUUCUGUUUAGUAGUAGCAAUUUUAUUUAUCUUCUCUUUACAACUGAUAACAGUCGUUCUAAUAAUGGAUUCAAGAUUCACUAUGAAAGUGUAACUGUUAACACUUACUCUUGCUUGGAUCCUGGCAUACCAGUGCAUGGACGUCGUUAUGGACAUGACUUCUCUAUAGGUUCCACUGUCUCAUUUAGUUGUGAUCCAGGUUAUAGGCUGAGUCACGAGGAGCCUUUGCUAUGUGAAAAAAAUCACUGGUGGAGUCACCCCCUCCCAACUUGUGAUGCUUUAUGUGGUGGAGAUGUUAGAGGACCUAGUGGAACAAUUUUAUCACCAGGUUAUCCUGAUCUAUAUCCAAAUUCACUGAACUGCACAUGGACUGUGGAUGUUACCCAUGGCAAAGGAGUGCAGUUCACCUUCUAUACCUUUCACCUGGAGGAUCACCAUGACUACUUACUAAUAACAGAGAAUGGCAGUUUCACACAGCCAUUAGCACGUCUGACUGGCUCAGAGCUUCCUUCACCAAUCAAUGCUGGUCUCUAUGGAAAUUUCAGGGCUCAAUUGCGCUUUAUUUCAGAUUUUUCAAUAUCAUAUGAAGGAUUUAAUAUUUCUUUCUCUGAGUAUAAUCUUGAACCUUGUGAAGAUCCUGGGAUCCCCCAGUUUGGUAACAGAGUAGGAUUUAAUUUUGGAGUGGGAGAUACUCUGACAUUCUCCUGUUCUUCUGGAUAUCGUUUAGAAGGAGCUUCAGAGAUUAUUUGUCUUGGUGGUGGACGACGAGUAUGGAGUGCACCUCUUCCAAGGUGUGUGGCUGAAUGUGGAGCGUCCACGACAAAUAAUGAAGGAAUCUUGUUGUCCCCCAAUUAUCCUCUUAACUAUGAAAACAACCAUGAAUGUAUUUAUAGCAUUCAGGUACAAGCAGGGAAAGGAAUCAAUAUUUCUGCCAGAACAUUUCACUUAGCCCAAGGAGAUGUUCUUAAGAUCUAUGAUGGUAAAGACAACACUGCUCAUCUGCUGGGAGCAUAUACUGGGGCAUCAUUAAGAGGCCUGACACUAAGUAGUACUUCAAAUCACUUGUGGUUGGAAUUUAACUCAGACACAGAGGGCACUGAUGAAGGUUUUCAGCUUGUAUAUACCAGUUUUGAGCUUUCACACUGUGAGGACCCUGGUGUGCCACAGUUUGGAUAUAAAAUCAGUGACCAAGGCCAUUUUGCUGGAAGUACUAUAAUUUAUGGAUGCAAUCCAGGUUACACACUUCAUGGAAGUAGCCUGCUAAAGUGUAUGACUGGGGAAAGAAGGGCAUGGGACUAUCCUCUGCCAUCAUGUAUUGCUGAAUGUGGAGGCCGUUUUAAAGGAGAAUCAUCAGGAAGAAUCUUAUCUCCUGGCUAUCCUUUUCCCUAUGACAACAACCUGCGUUGCAUGUGGGUGAUUGAAGUAGACCCAGGAAAUAUUGUCAGCCUCCAAUUUCUUGCUUUUGAUACUGAAGCAUCCCAUGACAUCCUGCGAGUUUGGGAUGGUCCACCUGAGAAUGAGAUGUUACUCAAAGAAAUUAGUGGCUCCCUUGUUCCUGAAGGCAUUCACAGUACACUCAACAUAGUAACUGUCCAGUUUGACACAGAUUUUUAUAUCAGUAAAUCUGGAUUCGCCAUACAGUUUUCAA